GAAUAUAAGAGGACAUCAAGUGCGGCUUAUUGACCUCAUCCAACACAAAUAGGUAAUGACUGCCUAGAAUACAAAAUUAAGUGUGUUGUUAUAUAUUUAAAGCUACUGAAACUUUACUGGAGCAAGAAGUCCCUUUCGCCUCGUGGUCCCUUCACGCUGCCUCACCCAGCAACAUCCGCCAUCCAUGAGUGUGACCAACUCUUCUGCCUAUCGAUCGGAGCGGAGUUUCCACCAGACGUCAUCAUCUUCCACCAGUAAUCCGUACAUGGAGAAAAGUCACGGGAUGUUUGCGGAGGACUUUGGCUCCUUCAUGAGGCCCGGGGGAGACGCCUUGGGCUUUUCCAGUGGAAGUGGGAAGAUCAAAGCACUCGGCGAUUCGUACCAGUUCACAGUGGAUGUCAGAGACUUUUCCCCUGAAGAUGUCAUUGUCACCACAUCCAACCACCAAAUUGAAGUCCGUGCAGAAAAGUUGGCCCAGGAUGGUUCCGUGAUGAACACCUUCACCCACAAGUGUCAGCUACCCGACGAUGUGGACCCUACCACGGUGACAUCAUCGCUGGGCGCCGAGGGGACACUAACAGUCCGGGCGCGGCGACACCCGGCCAAACAUGAGCACACACAGACCUUCCGCACUGAAAUCAAGAUCUAACUUCGUCCCAAACACCUUACUAAAUAAAUAUAUAUAUAUAUAUAUAUAUAUGUGUGUGUGAGUGUUUAUUUGAAAUAAGCCCAUCUCUUCAAUUCCCAUGCACAGCCUUGAACACUCCCAGACGAGAUGAUACUUUCACAUAUGUUGCUCAUUGAUAUUCUGAGGUGGUUCUCUUGAUACACAGCAGCCAUAGAUGCACACGGCUUGUACGCAAACGACAUUUGAACAGGAACACACACAUACAUGCACACACUCACACACACACAAUCAACAGGCAUUCAUUCACAUCAUUGUAAUUACAUAUGCACUCAAAUAAAUGGUUUCUCUUUUGUUGUAUUAUUAUAUUGUCA